AUGAGUCAGAAUCAGAAUAAGAAAAAAAAGGAAGCUGAUAUUACAUGGAAUCACUUUGAAAGUGUUCCUCCCCAUAGACUUAUGGUUAAAUGCAAAUACUGUUCACAUCAAUGUUGGGGUGGGGUAGCUAGGAUGAAACAUCAUUUGGCUGGAACUAGAGAGAAUGUGAGUCCUUGUACAAGUGUUCCUGAUGAAGUGAAAAAGUUGUUUGUUAAAAUGUUAGAAAAUAGAGAAAAAAGUAAAGAUGCCAGUAGUGUUGAAGUAUUUGAAGAGGCAACUGCUCAAGAUGCUAAGGGGAAGGAAGGGACAUCAAAAACUACCAAACAGAAAACAAUGAAUGAGAUGGUAAAAGAUAGAGAGUUAGUAAUUCAAGAUAUUUGUAAAUGCAUCUAUGGUAAUGCUUUAUCAUUUAAUUUGGUGAGAAGUCCACUAUUCAUUCAAAUGUUAAAAUCUGUUGGUGAAUAUGGUAGGGGUUUGAAACCUCCAAGUUAUCAUGAGGUGAGAGUUUCUCACUUGAAAAAAGCAGUUGAUAAAAUUCAAGAAAGUUUAGCAAAGUAUAAGAAGGAAUGGGAGAAAUGGGGUUGUACCUUGAUAUGUGAUGGUUGGACUGAUGGUAAAGGAAGGUCUCUUACUAAUUUUUUAGUUAACAGUCCUAGUGGAACAGUUUUUCUAAAGUCAGUGGAUACAAGUAGUGUGAUUAAGGAUGCUAAACAAAUGUUUGAAUUACUAGACAAUUUGGUUGAGGAAAUUGGGGAGGAUAAUGUGGUGCAAGUUGUGACAGAUGGUGUGUCAAAUCUCGUGGCAGCAGGGAAGAUUACUUUUGCUAGUAAAAGUGAGGGCAAGCAAGUGGUGGACAUGGUUUUUGGGGAUUCUAGAUUUUGGAGUUCCAUCAAAUAUUGCUUAAAGUGUGUGAGUCCACUUGUAAAAGUUUUAAGACUUGUAGAUGGUGACUCUAAACCUGCUAUGCCAUAUAUUUAUGAAGCAAUGGAUAGAGCCAAAGAAGAGAUUGCUGACAAUUUUGAAAAGAAGGAAUCAAGCUCUUUGGUGGGAAAGUUAUGGAGGAGAGGGCAAGGAGUUGCAAAAGAUAGCUAUGAGGAUUUUGAGUCUCACGUGUAG